AUGACAACUGAACAACGCAUCACUUGCAACAAUACCGUUUGCGCCCUGCGUGAGUUACUCCAGGCUUCCAAGGCCUGCAGACUCUGCGUGAUCAGGACACACGAAUGGAAAGACGCCAUCCUCACAGGUGCUCGCGAACAGCCUCAAGUAAUGCAACCAAUUCUAAACGACGCAUUACGGGCCUCCGCAGAGGCCAAAGCACAGGAACGAGCAGCCAAACAAGCCAGACGGGAAGCAACUGUGGCGAAAAAUAAAGCAAAGCGAAACGAAAUGCUACCAUGCCCUUUCACUAAAAGGAAGGCAGCUGCUAUUGAAGGAAUCGAACGGCCUCAGAUAGUCAAGCAUACGCGAGUGAGCAACAUCAUGUCAACUGAGAAAACUGAAAAAGAAACACCAAAGAAUUUAACGGAACAGCAUCAGAGCUUGAAGGAAAAAGAAGAGGCCUUAUUGAUUGGCUACGAGAGCAGCGAUUCUCUAGAGCCCGCUGACUGCGGCUUCAAUGAGGCUUCAAGCCCGCGAAAUCAUCACCCUGAAUAUUCUGCGAAUGCGAGCUUCGACCACAACGUUAAAGCACAGAAUAUGGAGGAUGACAACGAAUCUGACAAUGGCGAAGGGCAUCCGCCGUCUGGAUAUACCGACAACCCGUGUUCGCAAUUCAUACUAGUCCGUCAUUUGACAGAAGCACAGCACGUUGAACUCGGACUCCUUCGAAAUGACCCCACGAUCGUAGCAGUCACCUCGACAGCAUGGCGAAAACUGCACAACGCCCCAGCCCAACAAAUGCCCCUUGACAAAGUGUUCCAACUCUGCAGAGCACUAAUGUCGCAGCGAAAAGGCUCCGCAGUACUUACCUACCUCUCCGAGCGCGUCGCCCUCCUCAAGUAUUCCCGCCCCAAUCCCAAUAUGCCAGCGACAUGGACCAUGUCCAACCUCAUCGAUAUAGUCGAAGCACUCGAUCACAUCGAGGCAGACGAAGACGAUCUCAAGCUGCACAAAGCCUUUGCGCAGAUCAAACUCCAUGAUGCCGUGAAAGAGGACGGUUCGCUCAUUGGCAAGACGGCGGAGCUGAAAUAUCCGCUUUCGAAGCAGAAGGCGAGGAGGGCUGGGGAGAGAUAUGAGCGCGCUUGUCGGGCGGGAGUGAGAUGGAAGAAGGUCGUUGAGGCUUUUGGGGGGCCGGGGGUUGUGAUUGUGUUUUUUACUGCAGGUAUUCCGACUUUCCAUAUCACCUCUAAGUUUACGGAGUUUGAGCUGCAGUUCUUGAUGAGCCUUGCGGGUAAAUUGCCGGCGAUUAAGAAGGUUGUGGAUAUUCUGGGGCCAGAUGCGUUGGAGGACUACUGUCGACGUGGAAACCUGUCAGCUGAAGUCAUUCAGGACUUGGCUGCGCUACAGACCAGCGAUCUUGGGGACGAGGAGUAA